AGUGCGGAGUCUGCGUUUUCCUAUUUGUUUGUUCUAACCUUCAUUUCAGUGUUCGAAGUCGUCGAUAUUAUUGAUAAGGACUAAUUAAUUAAUACAUGUUAAAAUGUCGGGUAAUGGUCUAUUAUCCGUCAGCUUAAACGAUGGCGGUCGAAAUCUGUCGGGCCAAAAUAAUGUGGUGCAACCACUACUCACAGAUUUGUACCAAAUUACGAUGGCUUAUGCCUAUUGGAAGUCGGGGAAGACCAGUGAUGUAGCUGUCUUUGAUUUGUUUUUCCGCACCAACCCCUUUCAAGGCGAAUUUACGAUAUUCGCCGGUCUUGAAGAGUGCCUUAAAUUUUUGGAAAAUUUUCGAUACUCAGAUGAUGACAUCGAAUAUUUGAGGAAUACUUUGCCUAUUGCGAUUGAACCUGAGUUUUUUUCCUAUUUGCGUGAUUUAACAGCUAAUGAUGUCACUCUGUACGCAUUGGAGGAAGGAUCUGUUGCAUUUCCAAGAGUACCUUUACUUCGUAUCGAAGGACCUUUAAUAAUUGUACAAUUGCUUGAAACUACAUUGUUGAAUUUAGUCAACUAUGCUAGUUUGAUGGCCACAAAUGCUGCGAGGUAUCGAAUGGUUGCUGGAAAGAAUGUUUCAUUAUUGGAAUUUGGUCUUCGAAGAGCCCAAGGACCGGAUGGUGGUCUGUCAGCCUCUAAGUAUGCUUAUAUUGGCGGUUUUGAUGGGACGAGCAAUGUUCUAGCCGGUAAAUUGUUCAACAUACCGGUGAAGGGAACCCAUGCCCACUCGUACAUAACUUCGUUCACAUCGGUGGAGGAAUUACGCAGCACUCUGCUGCAGUGCAAAAAGACGUCCCACGCGAAGGACCUGCGCCAACUGAGCAUUGACUGGCGCCAGAAGUUGUCCACCCUGCUCGACAUCGGACCGGAGGAGGCGAGCGACGGCGAAUUGGCCGCGCUGAUCUCUUUCGCAAUUGCAUUCCCGGAUGGAUUCAUGGCUUUAGUCGACACGUACGAUGUGAAGAGGUAUCCUAGUCGCAUGACAAACCACAACAGCACAACGGCCACAUCCGAAAACAGUAACGUUUAUACAAAUAAUAACAGUUUAAGUAAAAAUCAUAACUACAAUAAUACAAAUACGACGAAACAAAGCAAUACUAUUGAGACUACGACGAAUAGCAGAGAUGUGGCCGAACGUAAUUACAGAUGCCAGUGCCAGCAAAUUAUAUACUCGUACAAUACAGAAUUGGUGGAAAAGACUUUGAGUACUAACGAAACAUUUUGCGUUUUGGAUUUGAAACAAAGUGCAAGUUGUUGCCGCUGCCCAAAAACAAAGUGA